UUGCUAAACAGGAGCAUGGAUCAGACUGCCGACAGCCGAGCCGCCUCUGCCAGCCCGUACAGCUCGGAGCACAUUUCUAAUGUCCCGACACUCUCGCCCUAUUCCCAGCCCAGCUCGACCUUUGACACCAUGUCCCCCGCACCCAUCAUCCCCUCCAACACCGACUACCCGGGACCGCAUCACUUCGAGGUCACUUUCCAGCAGUCCAGCACAGCGAAGUCCGCCACCUGGACGUAUUCCCCUCUACUGAAGAAACUCUACUGUCAAAUUGCAAAGACGUGCCCCAUCCAGAUCAAAGUGUCCACACCGCCGCCGCCGGGGACCGUCAUCCGGGCCAUGCCGGUGUACAAGAAGGCAGAGCAUGUGACGGAGGUGGUGAAACGGUGCCCCAACCACGAACUCGGACGUGAUUUCAAUGACGGCCUCUCGGCGCCCGCCAGCCAUUUAAUCCGCGUGGAAGGCAACAAUCUCUCCCAGUAUGUGGAUGAUCCCGUGACCGGAAGACAAAGUGUCAUGGUCCCUUAUGAGUCUCCCCAGGUGGGUACCGAAUUUACCACCAUCCUGUAUAACUUCAUGUGCAACAGCAGCUGUGUGGGAGGCAUGAACCGGCGACCCAUUUUAAUCAUCAUCACGCUGGAGACGAGAGACGGGCAAGUUUUGGGCCGACGGUCGUUCGAAGGCCGGAUCUGCGCCUGCCCCGGCCGAGACCGGAAAGCUGACGAGGAUCACUUCCGAGAGCAGCAAGCUCUGAACGAAAGUGCCGUAAAAAAUGGGAACCCCAACAAGAGGACUUUCAAACAGAGUCCUCAAAGUAUUCCAGCGUUGGGAGCCGGUGUUAAGAAACGACGACACGGAGAGGAGGAAAUGUAUUACGUGCCUGUUCGAGGCCGGGAGAACUUUGAGAUGUUGAUGAAGAUCAAGGAGAGUCUGGAGCUGGUUGAGCUGGUUCCCCAGCAGCUGGUUGAAUCCUACCGGCAGCAGCAACAGCAGUUCCUGCAGCGUCAGACCCACCUCCACUCUCCGACUUCGUAUGGCCCGGUCCUGUCCCCGAUGAACAAGGUUCACCCAGGAGGAAUCAACAAGCUGCCAUCCGUGAAUCAGCUGGUGGGGCAGCCGCUUCAGCAGGGGCCUGGUGCGGGGCCGAAUCUUGGGCCCAUGGGGCCAGCGAUGCUCAACAGCCACGCCAUGCAGUCCAACGGAGAAAUGAAUGGGGCGCACUCCUCGCAGUCAAUGGUCUCCAGCUCACAUUGCACUCCCCCCCCACCCUACAACCCAGACCCCAGCCUCGUCAGUUUUUUAACAGGACUGGGGUGCUCAAACUGCAUUGACUAUUUCACUUCACAAGGCUUACAGACUCUUUAUCACCUGCAGAAUUUAACCCUAGAGGAUCUCGGAGCCCUGAAGAUCCCAGAACAAUACCGGAUGAUCAUCUGGAGGGGCCUCCAAGAUAUUAAGCAAGGCCACGAUUACGGAAGCCAGCAGCUCAUCCGUUCCAGCAGCAACGCGGCCACCAUUUCCAUCGGGACCUCCGGAGAGCUGCAACGGCAGCGCGUCAUGGAGGCCGUCCACUUCCGAGUCCGCCACACCAUCACCAUCCCGAACCGCAGCGGCUCCGACGAGUGGGCGGACUUUGGCUUCGACCUCCCGGAUUGCAAAUCCCGUAAACAGUCUAUCAAAGAGGAAUUCCUGGAGGGAGAAAUCAACUGA